CUCCGCAGGACCGAGCCCCGCGGGGAGGUGGCUCUGGUGGCCCCGGUGCUGCUGCUCUGGGGGCCUGUCCCGCCUCUGGGAACAGUCUUCCUCACCGAAACAGCAACGAUUCCAGUGGCGCCAAAUCGAUGCUGAAAUCUUCCUCCCAAACAGGCGGGUCGGGCCUGGAGCCGAGGAUUUCCCGGAAUUGCCAGCCAGAGCCCCGAGGGCGGCAGCCGCAGCCUUCGCCACCAUCGCCGCCUCCUCCUCCUCCUCCCCCGGAGCUCCCGGCUCGUCUGGCACGUCGGGGCGGCACCCGCAGCCAAAACAGCAAAGCCCAGAAAUUGCCCUGGAUGGAUCGGGGGCCCGGCAGUUUGGACAGGUCCCAUUUGCCGAGCUCCUCCUGCCCGGUGUCCCCGGCUGCAGCUUCCAUCAUCCCAUUACACGGCUGCCAGCGGAAGGGAGGAACAAAUUACCCCAUAAAUCAGCUCCUGCCAGGGCAGGGACAGAGCCAUUAGGGAGAGGGAUGGCACACAGGGGGAUGCAGGCGGGAUGGGAAGGCUGGAGAGGGCUGGGCUGCACCCCGAGUGUGUGCUGGGCUGGGAUAGGCCAUGGAUUGGGCCUGGAGGUUCCUUGGAUUGUGCCUGGACAUUCCAUGGGCUGGGCCUGGAUCCGUGAGUUUGCCUGGACACUGUGUGAGCUGUGCUGGGGUUUUCCAUGGGCUGGGCCCGGACAUUCCAUGGAUUGUGCCUGGAUAUUCCUUGGAUUGUGCCUGGACACUCCACAGGCCACGCCUGGACACUCCAUGGGCCAUGCCUGGACAUUCCACGUGUUCUGCACCAUCUCCAUGGCACUGAUCCCACCAGAAGCUCCAUGGAGCAACCCCUGGGCCCUGGGGCUGGGAGGAAGGCAAUGGGGUUGGGGUUCCUCCUCCUCUCCCUCUCCCUGAACCCUCCCUGGAGCUCUCCUGGCUUCCCUGAGGAAUUCCUUGGGCUCAGGGCUGAUCCUGCUCCAAACCCUCAGCUCCUUGCGGCCGGCCCUGAUCUCAUUGUGGGAUCCUAAUUAGCCACUACAAUGCCAUAAUUACACAUCACUCAACUCCUGGGCUUUAAUAUCUGCGGGAGGGAGGCGGCACGAGAGGCAGGAGCAGAUCCUGGUGAUCAUGAGGGGGAUUGGAGAGGGAGGAAGGCCUUCCCAAGGGAGUCAUCCUCACAUGUGGGGGUUGGAGAGGGAGGAGGGCCUUCCCAAGGGAGUCAUCCUCACUGUAAGGGUUGGAGAGGGAGGAAGGCCUUCCUGAGGGUGUCAUCCUCACUGU